AAGAAAACUAAGUUUUAAGUAAAAUCAAUUUCUAUUUAAUUGUGAGUGGUUUAAAUAUAUAAAGUUUUGUGUAAAAAUAUUCCAGAUAAAAGUUAUAGAUAAAAUUUGAAAACCAUUGAAGCCUGAAAUGAAGUGAAUGGUUCCAUCAUAAUGGAUUGCUUAUUAAGUAGCACAAACUCUUGUAGUUCUGGAUUAACUGAUUUGGGUGGUUUAUUAUUAUUCCAAUUAUUUAAUAGUUUGUUACAAUCAAAAUAUGUAGUUACACCCGAUUAUCCACCAGAUCAUGCUAACGAUCACCUUAGCACAUACGAUUUUAUUGUAGUUGGAGCUGGAUCAGGCGGUGCAGCUUUAGCCGCUGAUUUAGCAACACACACAAAUUGGAAGAUUUUAUUAAUUGAUGCUGGUGAUAAUCCACAUUUAUCUUCGGAAAUUCCAUUUUUAUUUUAUUCACGAAUGAAUUCCUCACAAGAUUUUUACUACUACAUUGAACCCCAAGAGAAUGCUUGUCGAGCUUUUAAUAAUCGCCAAUGCGUAUGGCCUCGAGGUAGAGUUUUGGGUGGAUGUUCAGCUAUGAAUGCUAUGCUUUAUAAUCAAGGUAAUCCACUUGAUUACGAUAAUUGGGAAGCAUUGGGUAAUGAAGGGUGGAGUUGGAAAGGAGUUCAAAAAUAUUUUGACCGUCAAAUGGAAGAAAUUGUGAAGCCGAGUAAUUUUGACCGAAAUGAAAAGGAUGUUUUAACGGAAGUAGUAGAUCUAUUUUUAAAUGCUGGCAAAGAAUUGGGAUUUAAUGUAUUGACGGACAAAGAAAAGAUAUCUCGAGGAUAUGUUGGUUUUUAUAGAGUUUUGGGUACUGUAGAAAAUGGUCAACGUAAAAGUUCUGCCAAAGCAUUCUUAGUUCCCAUUUCUAAGAAAGAAAAUUUACAUGUUAUUAAAAAUGGAUUUGUUACUAAAGUUCUAAUUGACGAAGCGACAAAAGUGACAAAAGGUGUGGAAGUGUUUUUGAAUAAUAAACUUGUCGAAAUUUAUGUAAAUAAAGAAGUGAUUUUAAGUGCUGGGUCAAUAAAUACACCACAGAUAUUAAUGUUGUCUGGUAUUGGACCUGCUGAACAUUUAACCGAUUUAGGAGUCAAAGUUAUUCAAGAUUUACCAGUUGGUUUGAAUUUACAAGAUCAUUCAAAUGUAAUGCUUGCGACCACAAUUUUCGAGGAUAGUUCGGAGAAUUUUACAAAUUUAGUUGAUGAUAAUCAGUUGUAUACAUACUUUUCUCAAGGUCAUGGUAUUUUGUCUCGAAUUGGAGUAUCAAAUCUGUUAACUUACAUGAAUCCAAAAGAUUCAAACUCGGAAGUUGGAGAAAUAUCGCACAACUAUUUAUUAUACCCCAAAAAUGAUAACGUUUUCUUGAAACAUGUUCUAACUGUGCAUAAUUUUAAACCGAAUGUGAUUGCAAAAAUUAUGGAGGCAAAUAAAAAAGCCCCAGUUUUAAUGAUAUACAAUGUUAUAUUACGUCCAAAAUCAAAAGGGAUACUAACAUUACGAUCAAAGGAUCCAUUUGAUCAUCCAAAAAUUGAACCAAAAAUAAAUUCUAUUCAUGAAGACUUGGAAACCUUUCUAGGAGGUAUUCGACAUUUACAAAAAUUAUUCCAAACUGAUGUACUGAAACCACAUAAUCCAAAAUUUGUUAAUUUUGAUUUAGAAGAAUGUAAAAAUUUCGCUUACGAUUCAGAUGAAUAUUGGUUUUGUAUAAUUAAACAAUUUACUGCUACUUUAUAUCAUCCUGUGGGUACAGCUAGUAUGGGAAACGAUUUAAAGGAAAGUGUGGUAAAUCCUCGAUUGAAAGUUCAUGGUAUACAAGGAUUACGUGUUGCGGAUUGUAGUAUAAUGCCAAAAAUUGUUGGUGGAAACACAAAUUCACCAUGUAUGAUGAUUGGUUCGAAGGCGGCCGAUUUGAUUAUUGAGGACUUGGCUAAAUAAUUGCCAGUAUUUUAAUUUAGAGUGUUUUUGUAAACUACUUUUUUGGCUUUUAAAAAUAAUAAUUCAUUCUGCU